GAAGAAGAAGAAUGUCCGACUGCUGUACAUAAGUGUCCUCGCUGGUGUUGUGUCAAGUGUUUUUCCUCUGUGUGCUUCCGUUUGUUUGUGUGUGCUGAUUACAGGCGCCUCGAACAAACCGCCCCCUCGGAUUACCUUGUGCCUCAAGAUUGGGACUCCUUUUGAAAAGAAGUCAUGUUUCGACAAAGAAUACCUUUCACACAGAUUGCUUUUGCCACACUGCUUGGAGUUGCUGGUGGUAUAUACAUCUACAGACCUUAUUUUGACCUGGUGCCAAAGACCUCAGGACAGCAACACCAGGAUGUGCCAAAGAAACAGAACGAAACAGACUGAAAUAAUUCAUCACUCCAAGGAAAUACCUCACAGAAAGAAGCCAGAAGAACUGCAUGAGACUCUACUGGACUGUCAGAGCUGGAGGCCAAACAAGAGAUGGAACCAGUCUAGAUAAAUUCAUGUUUUUUGGGGGUGCUCUGUGUGAUUGUAAAUGUACAGAAUAAAAUAUUUAAUAAUUCUGACUUAUUUUCAUCUGUUUAUGAUUAUACAUCUCUGUUUUUAUGGAUUUACAAAGCUUUUCAAGGAGGCAGUAAGGAGGAAUUUAAACAAAACUCACAUUUGUCAUAAGUCUUUUUUGCCUUUGCCUUUAU